AGUGUUCUGCGCGCUGCUGCCGCUAGAUGGCGAUAGCUGGGAAGUUGUUCACGUGUGUGUUCCUCCAACAGCAAAACAAUGAGAGCGAUCGUGCAGAGGGUUACCAAGGCGACUGUGACAGUGGGAGAGGAGCAGGUCAGCUCGAUAGGCCGAGGACUGUGUGUCCUGCUGGGUGUGUCUGUGGAGGACACCCAGAAGGAUGCUGACUACAUAGUACGCAAGAUCCUGAACCUGCGGCUGUUUGAAGACGAGAACGGCCGAGCCUGGAGCAAAAGCGUCAUGGACAGGGACUUCGAGGUGCUGUGUGUCAGCCAGUUCACUCUGCAGUGUAUACUGAAGGGCAACAAGCCAGACUUCCACUCAGCCAUGCCUGCAGAGCUGGCCCAGCCCUUCUACAACAGCAUCCUGGAGAACAUGAGGAGCACCUACAAGCCAGAGCUCAUCAAGGACGGGCAGUUUGGAGCCUACAUGCAGGUCAACAUACAAAAUGAUGGACCUGUUACCAUUGAACUGACUUCACCUGCUGGUCCCAAAGACGCCAAACUGCUGUCAAAGCAGGAGAAGCAGCAGCAGAGGAAAGAGAAGACACGCUCCAAAGGCCCCUCAGAGUCAGGCAGGGAGAAGAGCGCCCUACGUUCCCGACAGGACCCGAAUGCGACUAGUGGAGCAGAGGGUGCCUUGUCCUCAGAGAGGGAGCCCUAGUUAUCGUACCGGGGACAUGAUGGUGAACCCAGUUUCCUCAGGAAGGCCUUAAUCCUCAGUGACUUACACCUGAUUGAGGACGGUCCUCCUUCCUCUUUGGAAAUCAGCAGAAUUCUUUUGACCUGUAACAGAACAUCGUCACCUCACUUGUGUCCUUCCAAGACGAGGUCUCUCGUCUUGGGGAUCAGAUAAGGCCGGCUAGGUGUAAACACAGGAACAAAGAGGAUGUGAGAGGGAUGGAGCAGACCUCAACAGCUUUCUGUGCUCUCCUUCUGUCUCUUUCCUUCUGCUUUUCAGUCCACAUUGCUUUCUCUGUCUGUCUUUCUCUGUCCAUCUUUCUCUUCAGAUUCUUCCUACUUGUCUCACGCUCAGCCGGCUAUCCCCACCUAAUCUCUUCUUAGGGAUAUGGCACUGACCCUGAAGCAUAGCUCAGCUCCAAGUCCUUGGCUUAGAGAACGUCAAAAGGUCAUUAGGACAGUGAUAAUGUAACAGCCUUGCCAUAUUGAUUAAAGCAUUGAUUGGCAUAGCUUCAUGUGUAUAAUCGAUUUUAAAAGGUUAUUGUACCUAUAUUAACAGACAAUGUUUUAAGGUCUAACGGAACUGGCUCCUGCACGUGUUGGCUCUGUAAACUACAUGCUCUGUUCUGUUUUUUGAGAGAAACAUCUGUCAGUAAACAGGAAAAAUAUUUUAUUGGUAGACACAUAGACCUUAUAUAUAAAUGGACAAUGUCUCCACUUGGUACCACUAGAAGCCAUAAUAUCCUGGAUAUGAACAUUGCGCUCUAAUCAUCUGAAGAUGGCAUCAUCUGAAGCCAGGUGGAGUUGCGGCGCUAUUGUAGCAUUAAGGAACAGAUUAAACGUUUUUAACUGAAUUACUUAAAAUUAACAAUUCAGUUUAGGGGGAGCGGUCUUCGAUGUCUUCAAUCUUUAUAUACAGUCUAUGGUUAGACACAGCACAACAAGCAAAAAGCUUUCAACACCAACCCACAUUAGCUUUUAAACUAAUGUCUCCUUCUCGUCCUACAAGCAUGGGCACAUGUCUUUUUGGUUUACCUUACCUUGCUAAGUUAGUUAACAAUCACCAAGACAGUGCACUGCUAAAAUGAAUUUGCAGGCAAGUAAGAUAGUCUAAUAGCUUACAAACUAACAGCAGGCAUCAACAUUAGAUAAGUUAGAUGCUGAAAUGAAAUUUGUUUACCGGGGUUGUUUGUGCACUGGCUAAGCUGUCAGUCAACCCUGCACAUCCAGAAAACCAAAAGCUAAACGAGAAUUUUUUCAUCCCCUUACAGAAUGAUGGUUUUGACUGCAGGGAGGGACAGGGUCAGGUCAAGGAGCUGAGUGACUGUGAGUGAGUUUGUCUUGAUCACUUGUAUUCUACCUGUGGAGAGGAGCCAGCUGUGCUUCACAUUCAGUGUGACUGGGCACACACACAAACACAUCAUCCAGGUUUUACUACUGUAAUGUUAUGCUGUCCUGCUGUCACUCGGCAGAUCUGAAUGUACGUUUUAUUAUUGUAUAAAGACAUCAAUAGGCAAAACCUGGCUUAUCUUUCAUUUGUGGUUUUCCACUGCUUGUUUUGCUUGUUUUGGGUGAUGCAAAAGCAAAGAUGCUUGUGCUUGUUUCUCAUUUCAGCAUCACCACCUGGAUCAUCUCACUGUCCCAACUUUUUUUCUUUCUAGUGCAAGCUAUUUCUGGCCUACCAUACCCCCUCUCGCUCUCCACUGAUGCUGAUCUGAUGUUUCUCCAGGUUGUGAAGAGCAUAAGGAAAGUGAGAGGAGCUGCUGCAGCCUGGACUACCUCUCGGAGAGAGACAACAUGACCCAAAUAUGUCUGCUUGCUAACCAGUCUCAGUACAAAGCUUCUUUAACAUAAAGAACUGCAGCUCUGCCCUGCAGUGAAAGCAUUGUGAUCCCAAUGCCAAGCAGGUUUUACUACAAAAGCAGGAUGUAGUAUGUGUGUGAGACCAUUGCAGUAGAUCAAAGCUGUAAUGGGGUGUGAACAGGGAGUGUUGUGUGGGGCAGAUGUUCAGGGUUUGUCUAUCUAUGGAAUCACCUGUGUAUGUCAAACCAGUAUGGCGGUUUGUGUGUCUUUGUGCGCACACCCUGUGCUGCAGGGCAGGGCAGUAGGAGUGGGCGCGGUGUCAGUCGGACAUGGGAAAGUGGGUUAAAUUCCAGGCAUUCUCAUACAUCUGAAGCCACGUUGUUUCUGGUUGUCUUCUCAACUACUUAUCUUACAUCUUGUGUGUGUAUGCAAGUCCUUUGCCAAGCCCACUGGCUAUGGAAAAACAAUUUAACUGGAUUUAAUUUGUUGCCCCCCCUCCUCCUUCCUCUUUGCUCCCACUUUUUUUUUCUUUUGUGUGCCUCUGAGAGGUUGGGAAUUUAUCUUGUUUAGUAACUCCUUGCCCAGUCCGUGCUUGCUUUGCAAGUUCGACGAGCCUGGUUUCACGGCAGCUUUGAGGCCUCCAGUCACAUGUGGCUUUCCACUGGGGUUUUUGCUUUCAAUUAAUGAUGCUAAAAAAUAAAGAGAAGCUAUUUGGACACAAAAACUUGGAUUAUUUUCUCCAAAAUUAGAAGUGCAGCUCUCAGUCACAUCUCCUUCAUUUCUUUGGUCUGCCUUAGCCACAUACUGCAAGGGGUUAAAAAAAAGCAUAAUGAAACCAGUUGCUUAGAGCACUGACCACUUUUUCCAUGCUUGCUGGAACGUUUCCAGUGCUAUUUAUAUGAAACCUCAGGCCCAACAAUCAAGAAACCCACUUGGCCAACAUGAAGUAUUUGUCAUUAUCCUUAAGUUUAGUUUCAGUCAAAUCAUCAGAAAUGGAAGACACACAGGGGUCCAUAUGUUUUGGGAACACACACAUGAAGAAAGUGGUACGUUCAAGCAGGUACGAGUCAAAUUAAUCCAUUUGAUCAAACUGCUCUUGAGUAACGAGAACAUUCCACAGUACAUCUAACCUGAAGAUGUUAGAGAUUAGAUGCCUGAUAAAAAAAAAUUGAAAAUAGGAGAAUAUGGAGAAUAUCCCUUGUAUGUUCUACGGCACUAAUUUAUGCCCACCGCCAGUUGAUGUUAUCUGAUGUAAGUGACCACCAGAGACAAAUCUUCAGUUGUGUACCUUAACGUCAUCAGGUGUUCUGUCCUUUUAAUCACAAGCCAUGUCUGCAUAUGGCAGAUUUUCCCUCUCAUUCUCUUCAUCAACAUGAUCCUCCCAGUGUCUUUUCUAAUUCUACAAAGUGCAUGUUGUUGGACCAGAGUAUCAGGUCAGGUCUCUAACAAUAUGUGACAGCUCGUGCCAGAGAACCCAGGAAUUCCAGUGUUUUGGACUGAUGUAUGCACCAGCUUGUUUUUCACCAGAUAGCUUGUAUGGCUUUGGGCUAUGACUCUAAAGAAGACCUUGCCUUCAACAUUGAGGAGAUUGAUGGGCCUAAAUUAGCUGAUGUUGAAAGAUUACUCUUCUUUUGGUAUUAGAACUCUUCCAGCACUGCUCCAAGCUUUGGGUUUCGUUUCCUACACCCAUGCCACUGUCAUUAAAUAUUCAGGAAACUGUUCGGUCCUCACUCUGUUCUCCACUUUGUUCCAUUUCGAAAGGAGAGCUUACAUCCAUUUGGUGUUCUGGCUGCUGGUUGGUUGGGAUAUCAGAUGGAAUAGCUAUCGGAUCCUGUCUCAGGUGCUCCUCUACAUCUUGCUUCGAUGUCCUCAGGGUUCCUACCUUCUUUGUGGUGAAGAGAGAUUUCAUGGACCUGAAGGGGUCUUUGAGAAACAAGUUCUUGCCCGUUCUUUUCUUUUCCAAGCUGUUCUUAUGCGUUCUGCUCGUCCUAAAAUUGACAGUCGGCUCCUGAUUUUCUCCUGCAGUAUGUUGAUUACCCCUUCUGCUCUUCUGAGGCUUUCUUCAACUGCUUUUUAAGCUGCCUCCUCUCUUGUACCAAGCGUUCCAUAUCCUGCUGUCUUCUGGACUUGAUUUCCAUUUUUUGUGUUAUCAGAUAAAAAUGCUCCACUCCUUAGUCGUAGAUGAUGUUACCCAUCUUCUCAAGCUUCGUCUCAACUGUGUCCUUCAUCUCUUCAAAGAUAUUACUUAGGUCUGCAUUGAUGGCCUUCCAUUUUACUUUUUCUGUAGCUCCAGGCCAGUUCACCAUUGGUUUUGUAAAGGUUUCUUCUCCCUUGUUUUCCUGGCCAAGUGGGCCUCUUCUACAACUGCCCUUGUGCUUGAGUUAACUUCCUCAGAUACAGGGGGGCUGAUGUCCUGAAGACUUUGCGUUGAUUGACUUCUUAGAAAUAACUUAUCUAUGCAACUUCCCUGCAUUCACUUCAGUGAACAUGGUAACUCUUAUUUAUGACUAAACGACUGGUUGAGAGGUAAUAGUUUCACCUUUGGCUUAGACAGUGAAAUAUCUAGUGUUUUUGUUUGUAGAAGAGCUUGUUUGGCUGGAAGGCGUCACUAUUGAGCUCGGCUGAUUUUCACCGGGUGUGUGUAUGCUUGAUUGGGUGAGUGAUAUCAGUCCAUAUGACCACCUAGGUGAUUAUUUAAGCAGUGCAGCUUUACAAACAAAGGUUGACUUUAUUCUUCAGCAGUGCACCGCAAUUUUUCUGGACAGUAAAGUAUUAUCACUAAAAGAUACUCCCAGAAGAGGGCAGUGAAAAUCACACCCAACCAACAGCGUCCAAUUUUCCUCUCCAUUUUAUUUAGACUUUAUUGUUUUCAAACUAUUUGAGCCCUGUGAAAUAAAUAUCAAAAUUUAGUUGAACACACUCAUCAAAAUGAAACAUAGAAUUAAGAUUAAGUUUAAGAUACAUUUAUUUGUCCCAAACACAUGCAUAGACAUGCACAGGCACACUUAUUCAGGUAGGGAAAUUUAAUCUCUGCUUUUGACCCAUCUGGUGCAGGACACACAGAGCAGUGAGCGACCAUGUACGGCGCACGGGGAGCAGAUGUAAGGUGCCUUGCUCAGGGGCACUAGACAGGGUAGGGAGAAUCCUCUUGGAUUUUUGGACAUAUCAAUCGCGGUUCGUCUUUUUGUUGUCUCUCGAUGGAGUCGAACCAGAGACAAACAGGAGACCUUCUCUGCCCAUAGUCCAAGUUUCUGCCACUAGUCCACCGCCUCCUUGAAUUAAUGAAUAUUCCCCAUUGAUAAUGAAAUAUACAGUAUUUUUGUGCUCUCUCUAUUGAAAAUAUUUUUGACCUGUUUUGGUCUGUAAAUGGUCUGUAUUUAUGUAGAGAUUUUCUAAUUUUAAAGAUCACUCAAAGAGCUUUACAGUAGUUUUUCAACCAUUCACACAAACACAUUCAUGCAAUGCAUCUAUGUGCAGCCCUUUCUCUGUCAUACAUCACCCACACACUGCCAGCACAGCUGCUUGGGGCAAUUUGGGGUUCAGUGUCUUGCCCAACGACGCUUCAGCACGCAGAAUGGGAGAGACUGGUAUCGAACCAUCGUUCUUCACAAACUUUUUACAUUACAUGUUAUUUAGUUGACGCUUUUAUCCAAGUGACUUCCAAUAAGUGCAUUCAACCAUGAGGGUACGAACUCAAAACAGCAAGAAUCAUGGAAGUACAUUUGCUUCAAAAAAGCCAAACUCCAAAGUACUGUCUUCUAUGAAAUGCUUAGGGUUAAUUUACCAUUAGUGUAUUGUUAAAUAAAAUGUAAAUCUGAACAUACCAGUUCUAAGUAUUUGAGCCAUGUAUUAUAGACAUAUUAUCAACAUUGUUUCAUGGGGGCCUUACUUUGAAGUCACACAAUAGUUUGCUGCUCAAAACCAAUCAAUCAAUACAUUUUCCGAUGCAACAACUAACCAUUGAUUUGAUUAUCAAACUGACUCUACACAUCACAACUGGUUUCAUGGCUUAUGGGGAAGACUUUACUCUGAUCAACCUCUAACCUUGAUUUAAACCUUGUGUUUGUUGGGGCUCUUUCUGAUUAGAACAAUCACCUGACUCACACCCAGAGAACAUUUUAGCUUCUUUCAGCUUGUUUUGGUUUAAGGGUUGUAACUUAACUGUCGUGGCUCCGUUUCAAUGCCUCUCAGCCGUCACCAAAAACCUUUUUAACACAGCUUUAUUGACUUUCAAGCUUAGCUCUUGAUAUUUGGCUAGAAAAGUCCUUGUACAAAUAUUGAUUUGAUAUAUUAAAGUUAUUUUUCCCCUAAAAAGAAAUAAAGAUUUUGUAUUUUC